AUGGUCGCCGACGCGCUUGUAUACCAUCCGGCGGUGUCGCACUACCUGCGCUAUGUCGCAACAACGAUCGGUCGCGACAAGGUGCUGAGGACCAUCCAGUACUUCUCAAGAUUCUACGCCUGGUACCUCUACCGGACCAACAACCCAGAACGCCUGAUACAACCAUGGGCAACGCUCAAAGUCCAAUUCGCGCUUGUCAGGAAAGUCCUACGGGCAGGCAAGUUCGUCGAGCACGUCCGUGCCGGCAGUGAAUUGUACGACGCUGCGAGCAAGACUCGCAGUGGCGACCAAAUCACCGCCUACCUCCAGAUCCUCCGACAGGUUGGCUAUGCUGGCUACCUGUUCUUCGACAUGUUGACCCUGCCGGACGCGUUGGGUGUGAAGAAGUACACAAGCGCGAAGAGGCUGCAGGCGACAGCCUACAGGAUGUGGCUCCUGGGACUGGCGGCCAGUGCUUCGGCAGGCGUCUACACCCACUACAAGCUGCAAGCACGAUUGAAGGGCAUCAGCGUGAAGGAUCCCGAAGGCCGUGUCGAGAGACUCAAUGUGGCUAAGCAGCAGAAGGCUACUAACAUGCAACUUGUCAGCGAUCUAUGCGACCUGACAGUACCAGUACAUUCCUUGGAUACGCUUCCUUCGACGAUGGCAUAA